UACGGAAGUUUGGAACAUUUUGGAAAAAACAUUUAACAAAACUGCUACAAAUUAACCAAAUAUGAGACCGCGAAAAAAUGACAUGUCACAAUAACGAUAGAUUAUGGCGCGUAUUUUCUGAUAACAACUAGUCCAGCUUGCUCCAUGGGACAACGCGCAGGGAUCACGCUUGUAGCAACUUGACCAAUUCAAUGUUUGGGGUGAUGUUUCAUACCAGACAAUCGGCAUGAUUUCGCACUAACGAUAAUUGACUUAAUUUUGAUGGAAAGUUAGUUUGCUAACAAGCCAGCUAGCUAGCUACAAAACCAAGCACCCAAAAUUCAAUCAGCUGAUAUGCGGCAUCUUCCUGAUCAUGUGACCAAACCCCCCUGUGUUUCGGAAGGGGUCUUCAGAUGGGUAGCACUAGCAGGUCACUUGUAUUGAACCAGAUAUCGCCCCUUACUCUCACAACCAGUACAAUAUCAACGGUAGGAAAAAUACUGCUUUAGCAAGAGAUGCCCCUACAGCGAACUUCUUUGAUGUAAAUACUACCGAGGCAGGAAUCACAGCUUUACAGUGUCUCUGGAGGAGGAAUCGGAGAGGCAGCAGGAGGAUCCACCCAGCAGCAGCGGACCAACCAUGAUCUCUGACACUGACAAUCACCAAGACGGCCCAGGUCCAGUUCUCUCCAGGAUAUCAGCGAGCACCUCUGAGGAGGAUGUUCUCUGUCCUACUCCACCUCUACCCCCCGGACCUGAUUCUCGGUACGAGAGAAUUGGAGGCCAAACAGGGACUUCGUUUUUACAGACCCUGAUCCACCUCCUGAAGGGGAACAUCGGUACAGGGCUACUAGGCCUACCUCUGGCUGUCAGGAACGCAGGCCUUGUGUUAGGACCUCUGAGUCUGUUUGCCAUUGGGAUGAUAGCAGUCCACUGUAUGAAUCUGCUUGUAAAAUGUUCCCACCACCUCAGUGCAAAGUUGAACAAGCCCUUUCUGGACUAUGGUGAUGCUGUGCAGUAUGGUAUGGAGAAUGUCUCGUGGCUGAGAAGGCACUCAAUAUGGGGGAGGCGGAUAGUGAACGUGUUUCUGAUCAUCACCCAGCUGGGUUUCUGCUGUGUCUACUUCGUCUUCCUCAGUGACAACGUCAAACAGGUGGUGGAGGCUUCUAACGGGACAACCAUGAACUGCCACAGAAACCAGACGGCUGUGACCGUCCCCAGCUUUGACUCCCGUCUCUACAUGUUGUGUUUCCUGCCAGCCAUUAUACUCCUGGUGUUCACCCCAAACCUGAAGUACCUGGCCCCCCUCUCACUGGCAGCCAACCUGGCCAUGUGUACUAGCCUGGUCCUCAUCUACUUCUUCUGCUUCACGAACAUCCCAAAUCAUAUCAACCUGCCCAAGGUGGGUCAUGCCAAAGACUACCCUCUCUUCUUUGGAACUGCCAUCUUUGCUUUCGAGGGGAUAGGAGUGGUCCUGCCCCUGGAGAACAAGAUCCAGAAGCCUCAGAGUUUCAAUAUGGUUCUAUGUCUGGGAAUGGGCAUCGUCACCUUCCUCUAUAUCAGCCUGGGGACCAUAGGGUACAUCACCUUUGGAGAGGCCAUAGGGGGAAGUGUCACCCUUAACUUACCCAACUGCUGGAUGUAUCAGAUUGUAAAGCUUCUCUACUGUUUCGGUAUCUACAUCACCUUUGCCCUUCAGUUCUACGUGCCAGCUGCGAUCCUGAUUCCUCCGGUGGUGUCCUGCGUCUCAGAGAGAUGGGAACUGACGGUUGAUCUCCUGAUCCGCACUGCGCUCGUCGUCUUUACCUGUGUCCUGGCCAUAUUGAUCCCCCAGUUGGACCUGGUCAUCUCUUUAGUGGGGUCCGUCAGCAGCAGUUUCCUGGCUCUCAUCUUCCCUCCACUCCUCCAGAUCCUCACCUACCACAAUGAAGGUCUGUCUCCCUGGGUCAUCGUCAAGAACACCCUGAUCUCUUUAAUCGGCUUCAUCGGCUUCAUCACCGGCACCUAUAUAUCCAUCACAGAGAUCAUCAAACGCAACGGCAGACAUGACAAUCUGGAUGUGACCUUCUUCCAGGUCCAGUGAGAGAUCUAGUGAGGAGGAUAUCUUGACAGUGGUUGGUCUGGCAAACAGUGGAGGCUGGCGGGUGGAGAAAUCUGAAGACAGGCUCAUUUUAGUAUGGAUGGUACCUUCCUUCGAUUUAGUGACACCAGCCUCCACUGCUGUCAAACAAUCACAGUUAAAAGAUGUCUUCACCCUGGCUUCAGACAUAUUUCUUUCUCACUUGCUCUAUUGUCCAUUGAUUAAACAUUUAUUGAUAUUGUGAGUCUGCUUACUGUUGUAGUUAAUGGUCGCUGUGGAACAAUUCUUUAAUGGAAUAUAAGUGUAAACCAACUAAUUGUUACAGUAAUCGUAUAGCCAAGAAGAUAACACUUUUUUAACAUUUUUAUUUAAUCUUUAUUUAACUAGGCAAGUCAAUAAAGAACAAAUUCUUAUUUACAAUGACGGCCUACCCCGGCCAAACCCAGACGACGCUGGGCCAAUGGUUUCUGCCCUUCAUUCUCUCUGUGCCUUCUGAGCUUCCAUGUUUUUAACUUCUUAUUUUUAUGACAUAUUUUGUAUAUUUUUUUAACUUUUCCAUGCCGCAAGAGCACCUAUCUUACAUGUUUUAUUAUUUUAUGUUGAAUAAUUUAAACAAAUCAUUGAAUAUUGAGCAAUGACAUUCUCAUAACAUUCAUUAUUGUUAAAACAAGGUACUAAUAGAAAUACUAAUACGUGUUCGACGUUCUGUUGAAAUACAUCCUGGAAGUUGUUCAAGUGAUAAAAUAGCAUUUAAAUAACAGUUAUGUUCCAUUUUGAAUCAUAUCAUAAUUCUAUAGGCCUUGUGAAGGGGGAGAUGAAUGUUUUAACUCGACUAUUUCCACUAGAAUGGUAAUUUGACUGACAGUGUUUAAUAUGACUAUCAGAACACUACAACCUGUAGUCUGACAAUCACCAUCAUCAUUACUGCUGCACAUGUAGCUAUGACAUUGACAUCGAAUACAGUUUCCUGACUCCAAAUUGAAUAGUUUCCUGACUCCAAAUUGAAUACAGUUUCCUGACUCCAAAUUCAAUACAGUUUCCUGACUACAAAUUUAAUACAGUUUCCUGACUAUAAAUUGUAUACAGUUUCCUGACUACAAAUUGGAUACAGUUUCCUGACUACAAAUUGGAUACAGUUUCCUGACUACAAAUUUGAUACAGUUUCCUGACUACAAAUUCAGAGACAAAAAGAUGUAAUAGUUGAAAGGUAACUUUUUGUUUUUAAAAGGAAAAGCAUUAUUUACAUGUUUCAAGUCAAGCUGUCUGGAUCACCUACUGUAAUACUGAUUCACUUGAGGGACUGUAAAAAAAAAAAAAAGACAAAAUAAUGUGUAUAUUGUGAAGCUAAUACCAUGUGUUAUUCCUCAGUUGAGGUCAUUUAUGUUGGUGCUUUCAUUUAUUACAUUUGUCUCAAAUUGGGCACUGGAUUUAUUUAUCAUGCUCUAUUAUUUUAUUUAGGCAGCAUUUGUUUUAUCACUUGUCUCGGUUGUGCCAGCUGUUUUUUUUUUUUUUUAGACUGAAUGGGCCCAGUUUAGAGUGGGUUGGAUGUCAUGGUGAUACCACAUGGCAUUGGGAGAACUUAACUGAUUGCCACUUUUUUCAACUAGCUUUGAAUAAUGGCAAGUUUUGAACUAUUGUUGAGUUUGGACUUUAUUGUAAAUAAAAAUUGAGUAUUCUGAAUUGUCCAUGAGAAAAUACUGCUGAGUAUUUAAUAAGGGGUCUUUUUGUUGUGAUCAUGAACAUGUAAAAAAAUAUAUAUUGUUUUUAUUUCAUUACCGCCUUAAUGAAAAAGUUCAAAAUUAUACAUAUGCAUUUAUUUGUAUUUAAUUUGUUUUGAUGCUUGUUGUGGUGUUGACGGAAAUUCAGAUGUUUACAUCCCUUAAAAAUUGUACUCAUCAUAUAUUUUGCGUCCCAAAAGGCACCCUAGUUCCUUCAUAGUGCACUACUUCUGACCAGAGUCCAAUGUGCCCUGGUUAAAAGUAGUGCACUAUAUAGGGAAUAGGGUGCCAUUUAGGAUGCACAGGGGGUCUCAUUCACUAGUCUCUCUCUAGCAAUUAUCUACAAGGGGAUGACUAGGAGUUUAACCAUCAAAGAACUCAAUUAAAGAUACUCAACGCUACUUUUGCAUACUUUUUAGCCAAUAGUUCUGAAAGUUGUGCCCACGAGCCAAAAGUGGUCCCCAAAAAUGGCCUACUACGUCAUAUGUGCACCACAUCAUUGCUCUCUCUCCCUCACUCUACUGUGUGUGUUUGUGUCUUCCUAGCUGUCACUCAAAUGGCGAGGGGCUGAAACUUAAAUUGCUAGGGGGCUGGCCCACGUGGGGAUAAAUAUAGGGAAAAUGGCACCACACAGCUUCUAGAAAAGUUGCUGUCAAGCUAAGGAUUUUGUGGCUAAUUGAGGUGAAACAGUGAUUCUCCUCAUAUAUUAUGUAUGUAUGAAGUAUGCAUGAACACAUCCAGCCCAAAAUACUUACUAUUCGCCAAAGUACCGGAGCAUGUCUUUAAUGGAAAUAAAUAUUUGCAUAGUCUGAA